CUACACAUUGCAUGUGAAAUUAAAAAGACCUUAACUGGAGUAUAAAAUACCAAAGUUUCUAUUUACAAGAAUACCUUAAAGGUACAAACUUUUUAAAAUACCAACACACGUACACACACAUACACACGCACGGACACAUACUGUAACACGUAUUCGCGUCAGGCAUAAAAAAUUGUAAUAUCAAAAGUUCAAUUGAUUUGAUUGUACACUAAAAUCAAAUUUCAAGUGUUAGUUCUGCUUCGACGGUUUGUUUGACAGUUUUCGAAACGUGUGCAAGUGCAAAUUGUGCGUUUCUACCACGAAACACGUUAAACGGAUUCUGGGUGCAAUUCGUGAGCACCUCUUGAACUGCGCAAAUGGCCAAUAGCUAUAGAAAGGUGGAAGCAGCAGACGACGAAAAGUAGAGGACAACAGACGUAGCAAGAUGGAUGAUCUCUCGCAGGGCGACAUCUGUCGCGUCUGCCGCUGCGAGGCGUUGCCAGAUCGCCCGCUCUUCUAUCCCUGCAUUUGCACGGGAAGUAUCAAAUACAUACAUCAGGAUUGCCUAAUGCAAUGGAUGCGUUACUCGCACAAGGAAUACUGUGAGCUGUGCGGCCAUCGUUUCAGUUUUCAGCCCAUCUAUGCACCGGAUAUGCCGCGAGUUCUACCUUUGCGCGAUGUGCUCAUGGGUCUGAUGUCCGCGGUGUUGGAGGGCGCACGCUGCUGGCUGCACUACUCGCUGGUGGGCAUGGCCUGGUUUGGUGUGGUGCCUCUAUCGGCGUAUCGUACCUAUCGCUAUCUAUUUCGGGCCAGCUCAUUCGAUAUGAUUCUCUCGCUGCCGUUUGACAUCUUCUCCAUGGAGAAUCUGGCUGCGGAUGCAUUUCGUGGCUGUUUUGUGGUGACUUGUACGCUAUUGUCUUUUAUUGGCCUGGUCUGGUUGCGUGAGCAAAUUCUCCAUGGUGGCGGACCCGAUUGGCUCGAGCGUGACGAGGCGCCGGCUGCAGCAGCGGCUGCUCCAGCUGUGCCUGCUGUUGCCGCAGCGGCCGCACCGCCAGUUGCGCGAGCUGCGCCAGUUGCGCGAGCUGAGCCAGAUGCAGCUCAAGAUGAUAAUAACAACGGUGACGCACCGCAGGAUGUGCCAAUGGAUAAUGCUGCACCAGCAGUGGCUGAUCCGGCUGACAACGAAGGCGAUGCUCCACAGCCAGCGGCUGUGCCCGCUGCAGGUGUCGCCCCCGGUGGCGGCAUUGCUGCCGCUGCUGAUGCAGACAACGAUGAACAGAACUGGAAUCCCAUGGACUGGGAUCGGGCCGCCGAAGAGCUAACCUGGGAGCGUUUACUUGGCUUGGAUGGUUCACUGGUCUUCUUAGAGCAUGUUUUCUGGAUAAUCUCGCUAAACACCAUGUUCAUCUUUACGUUCGCCUUUUGCCCGUAUUGCGUGGGAAACUUUAUACUGAGCUCCAUGGAUCUGUUGCAGCCGGAAAAGCCAUUGCUGCAUUUUCAUGGACUGAUUACUACGCUCUUUGGAUACUGUUGCAUCGGACUGACGCUGGUAGUGCUGCACUUCUUUGCACGCGUUUUUCGGCUGCGUCGCAUCUGCUGGUUCAUUGGACUCUGUUACAUUGUGGUGAAGGUAUCGCUGCUGUCUGUGGUGGAGAUAGGCGUACUGCCGCUAAUCUGCGGCUGGUGGCUGGACAUAUGCUCGCUGCCGUUGCUCGAUGCCAGCCUUAAAGAUCGUAAGACCAGCUUUAAGGCUGCACCGGGCACAUCGCUCUUUGUCCACUGGAUGUUUGGCAUGGUGUACGUCUAUUAUUUUGCCGCCUUUAUAUCGCUGCUGCGCGAGGUGCUGCGUCCCGGUGUCCUUUGGAUCUUUCGCAAUGUCAACGAUCCCGAUUUCAGUCCCAUACAAGAAAUGAUUCAUGUGCCCAUUGUGCGUCAUAUACGCCGUUUAGUUGCAUCGGCGAUGAUCUUUGGCUUUGCCGUGCUGCUAAUGCUCUGGCUGCCAAUACGUAUACUGCAAGUGCUGUGGCCCAAUUUCUUACCCUAUGCCCUAAGCGGCGACUCGGAGGUAAAUGAUCUAAGCUUGCAGCUGCUUUUGCUACAGAUUGUGCUGCCCGGCUUCUUCGAGCAAACCCAAACACGCAUUUGGCUGAAGGGAUUACUGCGUAUCUGGUGCACGGCUGUGGCCUGGCUGCUUGGCAUACGAAGUUAUUUGCUGCCCGCACCGGAGCCACAAGCUGCCGAGGAAGCCGAACCAGCAGCUCAGCCAGCGGAAGCGCCUGGCGUUGCCGCUGCACUGCCGCCACCAGCUCCAGUGCCGGAGCCAGCUCAACCACGAAAUUUGGCUGCCGCUCACCAGGCUAUAAUGCAACGUGAUGUGCCCAUCGGCUUUCAACCAUACGAGCGUCCCACAUUCUUUUCCCUACGCCUGUGCGCGCUCCUCUCGCUGAUGUGCUUGUCAAUUGUGUGCGCCGCCAUGUUGAUACUUACUGUGCCCGUCUACAUAGGCCGUCGUCUGAUGAUGCUCUGGACGGGUCAGCCGGGUGACAAGGCUCCUCCGCAAUUGGCGGCUGACUUGCCUGCAGCAGAUCCAGAGGCGGCACGCAAAAACGAGCGUUUGCUACGUCCCCAUGAACUCUACACGGCCGAAAUUGGCGGCUAUCUAUGCUGGAUUGUGUCACGUGGCGUUGCUGUAGUGGUAACGCUUCUGCCCCAGGGACGCGCCGCAAUUGUCAACAAGCUGAAGCAUUGGGCUCGCGUCGCACUGCAAUACGCGCUUCCAGUUUUGACGCUGCUGGGCAUUUUUGUUCUGGUGCCGUUGCUGUUUGGACUACUGCUGGAGCUGGUGAUGGUCAUACCUUUGCGUGUGAAACCGCGCAAAACACCUAUACACUUUUUGUGGCAGGAUUGGGCAUUGGGCGUGUUGUAUACCAAAAUUGCCAUAGCACUCACUCUAAUGGGACCGGAUUGGCAUCUAAAGCGAGCACUGGAACGCGCCUAUACGGAUGGACUGCGAGAUUUCGAUUUGAAAUUUGUAAUGCGUGAUCUGGCUGUGCCGGUGGUGACAACAUUUGGACUCGCCCUGGCUAUACCCUAUGUUAUUGGCCAUUCGAUAUUGCCCAUAUUCUUUACCGAUCCGUACACUCGCCUGGACAUCUCUUUAAUGGUUUAUCCCAUAAGCUUCAUUGUUGUGGGCAGCGUUUGUUUUGUGCUCUUCCAGAUUAAGCAAUUGAAGAAGCUCUAUCUGUCGAUCAAGGUAGACAAAUAUCUAGUGGGUCAGCGUCUGGUCAAUUAUGAGCAUCGCAAGAAGCAGAAGGCUCAACAAGCGGCCGCUGCUCAAGAACUUAAGGCACGCCAAGAGGCCGAGGAGGCGCAGCUGGCGCAAGCACAAGAUGGCGGCGUAGUCGGUUUUGGGGUGCGCAACGAGGAGCCAUUACUGGAAUUAGCGGAGCAAGCGGCUCUGCAUGCGCGUCGGCGUCGAGAGCAGUUGCCACGCCCACUGAUUGUUGAUGCCAACGAGGAGCUGCUCUAGGGUUACGUCUACUUUAUGUGCAUGUUUAUAAUGGAGUCUCUGCUGAUAUAUCUUUGUUUAAUUCAUACGCUACAGCCAGAGCAAGCCAUAUGAGUUGAUGCCACAAUCGAAGACCCAAACCGAAGUAGCUUGGGCAGGCGCUUCAAAUUUUCAAGUUAAAUAAUUCUUCGUUUUCUUUCUUUAGUUCUUUUUUAUAUGUUAGCCACAAUUGUUUGUUAAAUUUUUUCGCUUAUAGGUCCUAAACUGUAUGAUAAUUUAAGCCAGCCAGAUAUAGCCAAUAAUUACCAUCUGAUUAACACUUCACUUAUUUAUCCUAUAUAUAUAUAUAUAUAAACCAUAAA